GAAGGUCAAAAAGCGGGAAAACCCCCCAUAGUUAAUUGCGCCAAAAGUCUUCGUGACGUUCAUAAGUCAGCUAAAAGAAUUCCAAAAUGUCUGGUCGCGGGAAAGGUGGAAAAGCUAAAUCAAAGGCAAAGAGCCGAUCAUCUCGUGCCGGACUCCAAUUUCCUGUUGGAAGAAUUCACAGACUUCUGAGAAAAGGAAAUUACGCGGAAAGAGUCGGGGCCGGAGCGCCAGUAUACCUGGCUGCCGUCUUGGAAUAUCUCGCUGCAGAAGUACUCGAGUUGGCGGGUAAUGCAGCUAGGGACAACAAAAAAUCUAGAAUCAUCCCCCGACAUUUGCAGCUGGCAAUCAGAAACGACGAAGAGUUAAAUAAACUGUUGUCCGGCGUGACCAUUGCACAAGGAGGUGUUUUGCCAAACAUUCAGGCUGUUCUGCUACCGAAGAAAACUGGCAGUGCUUCUAAAGGAGGCAAAGCUACCUCACAGAGCCAAGAAUACUAGAGAGUCCUUUGCUUCAUAAGCUGCAGUUUGAUGCCAUUUGAUCAUCAAAUCAUCAUUUCUCUUCGGCAAGAUCAGGAGAAAUCAACUCCAGCGAUGUUCCGAUUUGAAAUUCUUUGGUGCCCAUUAUUUGAAUAUGAAUUAUGAGUAGUCAUGACUGUUGUUGCUAACUUUUUAAAAAUAAAUGUUCCAACUUUU